AUGGUGUUCGCGAAGAGCUCUGAAUCGUAUAGCGAGAGAGAUUUCCAGGUGAGAGCCUGUGGCUCGGCUACAGGUCCCACGUCCGUUGGAAAGCUUGGCGUUUCUGCUUGUUCUAACGUAACCAGCAGUGAAAAAUCCAAGGCAAGUAAGAUGAGUGUUAGCGAGACACGGUUCGUCAGAGGAGGACUAAGGGUAACGAAUAGCGAGCUGGCAAAUGGAGAAACGUCAGUAGAACUGAUUAAGAAACUCAUGAAUGAAGCUGAUGAGGCACCUUCGCCAGUCCAGCAUACCUUCAUGUCGAUCUCGAGCUUAUUACAAGACCGCUUUAAACCAGGGUCUAAGAAUUAUGUCCGAGCAACAAACCUCGAGUACUACUACAAAGGCUACUUGAAUUAUGGUUGUCACUACGAUAAAACCAAUGGUGUUGAAGUUCAAAAAUUCGACUACACCAGCAGAUCGCGUGAAAUAUAUCCAGAAUUCGAAUAUUCCAUCCCUGAAGAAGGUUGCCGUAGCGACGAUGAUUGUCACUACGUGGUUGGUGUCUGGUGCACUUGCCGAGGAAAAACGUGCGUUCGCCACAAGUCGGAGGAACAAAUCACAGGGAGUUGCAAGGAAACUGCAUAUAUGAACAAGAAAAAAUGGGACUGGAAAGGAUGCGAUUGGGAAACCAAGUUGGUUAAGUGUGGUUGCUACAAUGAAGAUCGCGAUCAACGAAAGGUUGUGUGGUCCUUACCUACCACUUCGAAAGAUGCUGGUAAACAUAAAGGACCUGGCAACUGAACCUACCACGAAGCAAAGGAUCCAGUUACAGGUCAAGCGGAAGGAACGGAAACACCUAACACAGCUGAAGAUAGUGCCAAACACGCAACACCCAGCUGUACCAAUCACCACAAGGCAAAACAUCUAAUUCAAACUCAUCUGAAGAAUGAGGAAGAGAAAAUUUGAACUUUCUCUUGUAUCACAUGUAAUCACUGAAAUGGUGAGCACCUAAUUAAGUAAAAGAAAAACUGGACUUAUGCAACGGUUGGCCAUUCGAUCAGAGAUGGACAGCUGUACUUUAAACGUUUCGCGAUAAGUUAAGUGGAAUGUUAAAAUGCAAAUCCAGAAAAAGUGUUCAAAUAAAAGA